AUGUCUUCCUCCGAACCCCUCAUCGGUGUCGCUGCUGCACUUGCAGCAAAGGGCACGACACCUGCACGGCCGACCAUGCCCGCGAUCUACCAGCAGUUCUCUCUCCCCGAUCGCGUUGCGCUCAUCACAGGCGGCAACGGCGGUCUCGGUCUCGAAGCCGCGCUCGCUUUCCUUGAAGCUGGUGCCCGCGCUGUGUACUGUGUCGACCUACCCGCUCAGCCGAGCGAAGCUUGGACCGCCGUGAAGGACUACGCGGCAGCUACCGGCCUUUCAGGUCGUCUCGAGUACAUCCAAGGCGACGUGACUAUUCAGCAGACCAUGUGGAACAUCGCACAAGACAUCGGCGACAAAGAAGGGAGACUAGACGUCUGCGUAGCAGGCGCAGGCAUAUCGGAUAAGGCCGCGCCUCCGCUGGAGUACAUGGCCGAAGACUACGAUAAGAUUGUCGACAUCAACUUGAAGGGCGUUCUGUAUACAGCGCAGGCGGCCGGGCGUCAGAUGACGCGCUUCGGUACACCGGGAAGCAUCAUCCUCAUGGCGUCUGUAGCUGGGUUAAUCGCCACCAAAGGUCUACUCAUGACCGGAUACUACGCCACUAAGGGAGGCGUCAUCAACCUGAUGCGUUCUCUGGCCGUAGAGCUCGCCGAAAAGAACAUUCGCGUUAACUCCCUCGCACCAGGCUUCAUAUGGACGCCCAUGGUGUCUGGGGCCAUAGACGGAAAGAAGGAGGUCGAAGAGUUCUUCAGGAUACAGAACCCGAUGCAGCGUAUCGGGAAGCCCCAUGAGAUUCGCGGUCCGAUGGUAUGGCUCGCAAGCGAUGCCUCCAGCUACAGUACCGGAAGCAAUAUCGAGGUCAGCGGAGGCUAUAGCGCAUGGUGA